GGAUAUUCAGGAGGAGGAGUCCUUAUCAAGUGCAAAUGGAGGAGCCUCCAAUGAAGGACCAGGUCCUUCAAAAGAAAAGGAUAAUAGCAAGAUUUCCAACGUCCAAAGUGGCCACUCUGUCUGUAAUUCUGCUUCUGCUUUUGAUUGCAAUCAUAUUCCUCAUUGUUAUUCUGCAAAAGAGAAGCAAAGUGAAAGCAGGUAAAGCUUCUACUGGUUCUAAGUGUUCUGUUCAAGACUCAGGAAACAACCACGAGUUCGAGGAGGUUAAAGAUACGAGACGACUUUCUACAUCGGGUGCUAAAAUUUUCACCGUUUACUCUACUGCUCAACUACCCACAAUCCCUUCUGAUCCUUCCCGAGCUGUUUAUUCCAACGAGUUACCCAAAAGCCCCUGUGAUUCUACUCUUUAUUCUUCUGCUCAACUUCCCACAGUCGCACCUGAUCACGACUCUACAGCUCAGUUACCCACAGGUCUCUCUGCUUGCUCAGUCAGUGCUGCUCAGCAGUCAGCAGAGGAACCUGCUGAAGAUCUGACUCACGCAGCAGUGAGUUUCCACGCCAAUCCCACCAGCUCUAGUGAUGCAGCUCCAAAGACUAUCUUUAACAAAGAAGAGAUCUCGUGUGACUAUGACACAAUCAGUCGUGUUAGUAGUGUCUAGAUUAUCACCAUUAGGGCUAUAAACUUGGGGAAGAAAUUCUACCACUGUGUUUGGAUACGCUUUCUUAUUCUUAUUCUUCCUCUCCACCCUUCUACACAAUCUACACAAUAUGUGGAGCAAUAACUGCAAAGUGCUUGAAAAGAUCAAGUAAAGAGAUCUGUAACAGAGUUAUGGUGGUGGUGGUAUAGCGUUGUCAUUUAACCAAAAAUUCUUAUUUUUGCUCAUUCUUUAGAAAGCUCUAAACUUUCUAUAGUAUAGUUUGUGCCUAUACCUGCCUAUAUCUGAGCUACUGUUCAUGAUCUGUGAAUCUUAGAGGCUUUUUUCCUGAUCUUUGUUACUGGUGCGCCUUUAGCCCUCCAUCCUGUUUCAUGCUCUAAAUCCUGAAAGUAGAGAUUCUGUAAAGCCAAGCACAGUGCUUUGGAAACAUUUGGUAUUGUCCUCUCUAAUAAUUGCACAUAGUGGGGUAUUUUACUGUGGUUUUAUUCAUUUUGUAUUUUCAUCUGUUUGGAAUAAUUUAUAAAGGAGCACAUGUGCAUUUUUGGCAUUUAGAAUGUUACUUUGUAAACUUAUGUUAAAUGAUUGAUGUAUUAAUUAUGCACUAUUAAGUUUUGAGGUUUUUGCCAGGAUGCUAUACA